CGUGAUGGCCGCCUUCAUCUUGUUGAAAAUGUGAUGCUAUUUAAACGCAGAUGACAAAGACGUUACGUCAUGACGUCAACUUUUAUUCGUGUCGGGAUGAACUCGUCUCCGCGCACAUUGAAGCUUGCGUGUUGUUCGCUUCCUCCUUUAGCCUGCCGGCUGCGAACAAAGACGCGGAAGUUAGCAUCACAUGCUAAGAUGCUAAUCAGAGACAAGUAAAAUGUGAAGAAAAGAACACCAGCUGGAACUUUCUGGAAGAAAAGGGGAGCACGAGCUAGUGGACGCUGUUGUCAACACACAUCACACAGAACAGACGUCAGUGAAGAACAUCUUCCUCUUCAGAAGCAGGAGCGGAACUCCAGGAUGGAGCAGGAGGACCCACAGCCCUCCCAGAUCAAAGAGGAGGAAGAAGGUCACAGCAUCAGUCAGGAGGGAGAGCACCCAGUGAUCCGUGUGGUGGUGAAGAGUGAAGACGAAGAAGAAGAAGCUGACCACUGUGGAGGAUCACAAGCAGACGUAGCUCCACUAUCAGAAAGUGACGACACGACGUCUCACUCUGCUGACACUGAGGAAGAAGACUCCAAAGAUGACAAGACACGUCACGCUGACCACAAAAGCUUGAAAUGCUCUCAGUGUGACAAAACCUUCAGCACCAAGUCCAACCUGAACGUACACACGAGGAUUCACACAGGAGAGAAACCUUACGUGUGCUGUGUUUGCGGCAAAAGGUUCUCCCAAAAGGCCCAGUUUGAAACGCACAUGCGAACGCACACCGGGGAGAAACCCUUCAGCUGCUCGGUUUGUGCAAAAAAAUUCACUCGAAAUGAACGCUUGACGAUACACACAAGAAUACACACCGGGGAGAGACCCUUCUGCUGCUCGGCGUGCGGUAAGACCUUCUGCGACAAAGGUAGCUUGAUAAAGCACACCAGGACACACACCGGAGAGAAACCUUUCACCUGCUCACUCUGCGGCGCAAGCUUCAAGAACUAUUCUGCGCUGUCCAAGCACAAAAGAACGCACACCGGAGAAAAGUCCUUUAGCUGCACGGUGUGCAAUAAGAAGUUUGCUCACAGCGAAAGUCUGACAACGCACGCCAGGAUACACACCAGGGAGAGACCAUUUCCCUGUUCAAUUUGUGGCAAAAGCUUCUCAGUCAAAUGCAAUUUGAUAAAACACACACGGACGCACACCGGGGAGAGACCGUUUUCCUGUUCAGUUUGUGGUAAAACUUUCUCCGUGAAAUGUAACUUGGUCACACACGCAAGGACACAUUAUUGUCGCUCGCAGCUAAAGGACCCCAAGCCGCCGAUUUGUGGACCAUGAGGGAGCUGAGAGUCUCCUCUACGUAUUGUCCUUUAGUACGUUCGUCCACGUCACCGCUGUGGGCUGCAGUCACACUUUUCACACCAAAAAGCAGUGAAGUUGUCACGUUGUGUAAAUGGUAAAUAAAAAGAGAAUACAACAAAUCCUUUUCAACUUAUAUUCAAUUGAAUAGACUGCAAAGACAAGAUAUUUCAUGUUCACACUGACAAACUUUCUUAUUUCUUGCAAAUAAUCAUGUACUUAGAAUUUAAUGGCAGCAACACAUUGCAAAAAAGGCCUUUUUACCAGUGUGUUACAUGGCCUUUCCUUUUAACAACACUCAGUAAAGGUUUUGGGAACUGAAGAGACACAUUUUUGAAGUGGAAUUAUUUCCCAUUCUUGCUUGAUGUACAGCUUAAGUUGUUCAACAGUCUCCCUUCUCAUAUUUUAGCCUUCACACAUUUUCAAUGUCUGGACUACAGGCAGGCCAGUCUAGUACCCGCACUCUUUUACGUUUACACGUGGCUUGGCAUUGUCUUGCUGAAAUAAGCAGGGGCGUCCAUGGUAACGUUGCUUGGAUGGCAUCAUAUGUUGCUACAAAAGCUGUAUGUACCUUUCACAUACCUGCCAACU